AUGGCUCCCAAGCGCGCUGCCGCCACCAAAGGCGCGUCCGCCUCGAGCGCCGCGGUCACAAAGGCCAACACCAAAGCAAAAGUCACCAAAGCCGCACCCGCAGCCAAGAAGCCGACCGCCGCUGCAAAGGCAAAGGCCGCGGCUGCGACCACCACAAAGGCGAAAGCACCUGCGCGCGGACGUGCAAAGAAGGAGGAGGCAGUUGAAGAGAAUGGAGUAGCAGAGAAGAAGAAGCCGGCUGCAAAGAAAGCACCAGCCAAGAAGGCCGCCGCGCCCGAGAAAGCCGCCGCAAGCGAUGAAGACACACCAGCACCCGCAAAGACGUCGCGCAAGCGCAAGGCGGAUUCCGAAGCUCCAGCCGCACCCGCGAAGAAAGUCAAGCUCAUGGUCAAGGGUCCGGUCCUGAACGAACCACCAACCCAGCGCCUGAACGUCUACGUCUUUGGUGAAGGCACCGCUGGCGAGCUCGGACUCGGCACAGCAAAGAGCGCGGUCGACGUGAAGCGUCCGCGUCUUAACCCGAACCUCAAGGCAGACACCGUGGGUGUUGUCGAGAUCGCCGCUGGAGGCAUGCACUGUGUGGCGCUCACUCACGACAACAAGAUCCUCACAUGGGGUGUCAACGACCAAGGCACUCUCGGUAGAGACACCACUUGGGACGGCGGACUGAGAGACAUGGACGCAGCUGCCGAGGAUAGCGACUCUGAUGACGAUGAUGACAACGGCCUCAACCCGAAGGAGAGCACUCCCGGUGAAGUCGACUGGUCUCAGACUGAGCUGGCUGAAGGCACGCGCUUUGUGCAAGUCGCUGCCGGAGACUCCACCUCGUUCGUGCUCACAGAUGAUGGCAAGGUCUACGGCUGGGGCACAUUCCGCAGCAACGACGGCGUGUUUGGCUUCUCACCCGAGGUCCACAUUGCCGAACGCCCAAUCCUUGUCUCUGGCCUGAAGAAGAUCACCUCGAUCAAAGCUGGCGCCAACCACGCUCUCGCCAUGGACACUACCGGCGCAGUCUUCGCUUGGGGCUCAGGUCAACAGAACCAACUCGGUCGUCGCGUCAUAGAACGAACGAAGACCGAGGGGCUUCACCCGCGCGAAUUUGGCCUGCCCAAGGGCGCCAAGAAGGGCAUCACCUCCAUUGAGACCGGCGGAUACCACAGCUUUGCCAUUUCCAAGACCGGCGAUGUCUACGCAUGGGGACUGAACAACUUCGGCGAAACUGGCAUCAUGGACAACGCUGGACAGGACGAUGCUGUCAUCGUCAACCCUCGCCAAGUCCCAUCUCUGAAGGGCAAGGACCUCAUCUCCAUCAAGGGUGGCGGACACCACAGCUUGGCCGCUACUGCUGAAGGUGAUUGCUUGAUCUGGGGACGCAUCGAUGGCAACCAGACUGGCUUCACCAAGGAUGAGCUCAACAAGAUGCCUGAUGAAGUCAUCAUCAAGGACGAACAUGGCGCAAUGAGGAUCAUCAAGGAGCCUCAGAAGAUUUCCGCCAUCAAAGGAAAGGUCGUUCAAGUCACCACCUCUUCCGACAACAACAUCGUCAUUACCGAUGAGGGCAAGGCCUGGAGCUGGGGGUUCUCGGCCAACUAUCAGACCGGUCUUGGUACCGAUGAUGAUGUGAUCGUUGCCACCUGCAUCGAGAACACCGCGGUGAAGGAUCAGAAAAUCAUCGGCGCCGGCUGUGGAGGCCAAUUCAGCUUCCUCACCUCGGCUGCGGCAUGA